CGGUGUUAAUUUAUCGACGUUUCCAAACAGUCUUCAAAAAUAUCCUACCAAGAGAAAGGUCAAAGAAGCAGCAGCCUGUACGGUCCUUUUACUCUUUUCCUUCUCGCUCGUUUCCUCUUCCAUAUUCUCGGCUGGACUUCAUAGAAACCCUAACGCAGAGACAUACGAUUAGAACUUUAGGAUUUGGGCUUUCAGCGAAGAAACCUAAAUAGGAAAUGGAUAUCACCGAGAAGAAGGAAACAGAAAACAGCACAAACAUUAACAACGAUAAUAACAAUAAUAAUGCUCAAACGGCAGCUGAUUCAGCAUCACUUGAGAAUAUCGAUAAAGAAGCCGAAGAACGCCAAGCACGUGACCUCAAAGCUGGUUUGCAUCCCCUCAAGUACAAGUUUGUAUUUUGGUACACUCGCCGAACACCAGGAGUUCGAACACAAACAUCAUAUGAGGACAAUAUUAAGAAAAUCAUGGAGUUUGGUACAGUUGAAGGCUUUUGGGUCUGCUAUUGCCACUUGGCUCGACCUUCUUCUUUGCCUAGUCCCACUGAUUUGCAUCUUUUCAAGGAGGGAAUCCGUCCUUUAUGGGAGGAUUCUGCAAACUCCAAUGGUGGCAAGUGGAUAAUACGAUUCAAAAAGGUUGUCUCAGGUCGCUUUUGGGAGGAUCUGGUGCUUGCCUUAGUGGGUGACCAACUUGAUUACAGUGAUAAUGUAUGUGGUGCAGUACUAAGCAUUCGUUUCAAUGAGGAUAUACUGAGUAUUUGGAAUCGUAAUGCAUCUGAUCAUCAGGCUGUGAUGGCUCUAAGAGAUUCAAUUAAAAGGCACUUAAAGCUUCCCCACAGCUAUGUUAUGGAAUACAAGCCCCAUGAUGCUUCUUUGCGUGACAACUCAUCAUAUAGAAACACAUGGUUGAGAGGGUAAAAAAUAUCCUGGAUUGUGAAGCUGGAUGAGCAGUUGAGGUGCAGAGACUCCUUUCUAGGUCCCUGCUUCUUAUUUAUAGUUCAUUCCCUGAUCAAGCAAUCCUUUAUCUCAAGUUUUCAACUUAACAGCCUGUGUGCUUGACUUGAUAUCCUGUAGGUUUUAAUUAUACUGGCCGAAACAAAAUGUUGGUUUUAAUGAAAGACUGUUUUUGGCGUUGGAUGUUACAUUUGGUCACUAUGUUGCGUGUAUUGUUAGAUGCCAGAGUAAGCUUUGAUUAUAGAUAAAAUGUUUGUUAGAUCUUGGUGUAGAGGGGCUCUGCCUCUGAUCUAUCAUAAUCAAUACUGGGUUCACAUUCU